AUGACAACCACACAUCGCCCCUUUUCGCUUUCCCAUGGCUCGAUAGAGUUCACCACAUUGGUGCCUACCAAUCUUUUCUUCAAAUAUUCCCAGUUGAAGGAACUGUUUGCCAAAACAUUGCCUGUUGCGACCGAAGGAUUUGCCUCGGAUGACGAGCCAGCAUCUCCUGCCGAAUUGUACGCCAAGUUUGUUGGUUUUACAGCAUCUUUGGUCGACCCAGACUCGCCUGGCGAGUUCAGCGAGAUCUUGGCGUUGGUUUUGCAAGAGUUUGAGUCGGGCUUUUUCCCAGAGUCGGACAUCCACACUUUUGCGGCCCAAUUGCUUGCGGACGAGACGUACCCAACUACAUCUUUGAAGGUCAAGGGCGUUAUCAAGAACUACUUUGACGCGGUGAUCAGAGCCAACGCAGAGAUUCCUAAGCGUUCGUCGGAAUUGUUGAAAGCUUCCGGUGCCAAGUUGGCCAAGCUGUUUGCCAUCUUUGGCGGCCAGGGCAACACUGAUGACUACUUUGAAGAGUUGCGCGAGUUGAACCACAUGUACCACGGCUUAAUCACCGACUUGCUUGCCCAAGUGGCUUCCCGUUUGUCUGGCUUGGUCAAGACCACCGAAAACGUCGACAAAAUCUACACCCAGGGCUUUGACAUCCUCAACUGGUUGCUGAGCCCCGACCAGACCCCAGACCAGGACUACUUGUUGUCUGUGCCCGUGUCGUGCCCCUUGAUUUGCGUCAUCCAAUUGGCCCACUACGUGGUUACCUGUAAGACAUUGGGCGUUUCCCCAGGUGAGUUCAGAGACCAUCUUGUGGGCGCCACAGGCCACUCGCAAGGUCUUGUCACCGCCGUGGCUAUUGCCAGCUCCGACUCUUGGGACUCCUUCUACGAGAAUGCCUUGAAAGCCGUCACCUUGUUGUUCUUCAUUGGUUCUCGUUGUUUGAUGGCUUACCCACGUACCACAUUGCCUCCAACCAUGUUGCAAGACUCUUUGGAGAACGGCGAAGGCCGUCCGCUGCCCAUGUUGUCUGUGCGUGACUUGUCUCGUGAACAGGUGGAGAAGUUUAUUGCUACCACCAACGAGCACUUGCCAGCAGACAAACGUGUGGCCAUUUCUUUGGUCAACGGUGGCCGCAACUUGGUUGUUUCCGGUCCUCCAGAGUCGCUUUACGGUCUUAACGUGACCCUUAGAAACAACAAGGCUCCUUCUGGUUUGGACCAGGCCCGUAUCCCUCACUCAGAGCGUAAGUUGAAGUUCUCCAACCGGUUCUUGCCUAUCUUUGCUCCGUUCCACUCGCACUUGUUGGAGCCUGCUACAGACAUGAUUUUGGCCGACAUUGAGGCUGAAAAAUUGGCCUUCUCGGCCAAGGAUCUCCGCAUUCCUGUUUUUGAUACCUACUCGGGCGAAAACUUCCAAGAGUCUGCUGGCGACGUCACUGACCGUGUUGUGCAAUGCAUCACCCAGCUUCCAGUCCACUGGGAACAAGCCACCGCCUUUGAGGCCACCCACUUGUUGGACUUUGGUCCAGGUGGUGUUUCCGGUGUUGGUGUGUUGACCCACCGUAACAAGGAGGGUACUGGUGCACGUGUGAUUAUCGCUGGUGCUCUUGACAAUGCUGUGGACGACGACUAUGGCUUCAAGCAAGAGCUCUUCAACCGUACUGCUGGCUCCAUCAAAUGGGCGCCAAACUGGUUGAACGAGUACAAGCCUAAGUUGGCCAAGAACUCGGCCGGUAAGGUUUACGUGGACACUAAGUUCUCCCGUUUGCUCGGCCGUGCACCUUUGAUGAUCCCUGGUAUGACUCCAACCACCGUCAACACCGAGAUUGUCAGCGCCGCCAUCAACGCUGGCUACCACAUCGAGUUGGCUGGAGGUGGUUACUUCCACGCCGCCGGCAUGGAGCAGGCAUUGAAGGAAGUGUCGGAACAAAUCAAGCCUGGUUGCGGUAUUGGCAUCAACUUGAUUUACGUCAACCCAAGAAUGUUGCAGUGGGGUAUUCCUUUGAUUAAGGAGUUGCGUGACAAGGGCUUCCCUAUCCAGUCUUUGGCCAUCGGUGCCGGUGUGCCAUCUUUGGAGGUCGCCACCGAGUACAUUGAGACUUUGGGCUUGACCCACUUGGGCUUGAAGCCUGGCUCCAUCGAGUCGAUUAAUGCGGUCAUCACUAUCGCCAAGGCCCACCCAACUUUCCCUAUUGUCUUGCAAUGGACUGGUGGAAGAGGUGGUGGUCACCACUCGUUCGAGGACUUCCACCAGCCAAUCUUGCAGAUGUACGCCAAGAUCAGAAAGUGCUCCAACAUUGUGUUGGUGGCUGGUUCCGGUUUCGGUUCUGACGAAGACACUUACCCAUACUUGACCGGAUCCUGGUCCGCCAAGUUCAAGUACCCACCUAUGCCAUUCGAUGGUGUUUUGUUUGGUUCCCGUGUCAUGACUGCCAAGGAAGCUCACACUUCUUUGGAGGCCAAGCAACUCAUCACUCAAUGUACUGGUGUCUCUGACGAGCAAUGGGAAAGCACAUACAAGAAGCCUACUGGUGGUAUCAUUACCGUCAGAUCGGAAAUGGGUGAGCCAAUCCACAAGAUUGCUACCCGUGGUGUUAUGUUGUGGAAGGAAUUGGACGACACCAUUUUCAACUUGCCAAAGAACAAGAUGCUCGAGGCCUUGGCCAAGAAGAAGGACUACAUCAUUGGUAAGUUGGACAAGGACUUCCAAAAGCCUUGGUUUGCCCGUAACGCCAGCGGUGUGUGCGACUUGGAGGACAUGACCUACCAAGAAGUUGCCAACCGUAUGAUUGAGUUGAUGUACGUGAAGAAGCACGCCCGUUGGUCCGACAUUUCCUUGCGUAACUUCUUUGGUGACUUUUUGAGAAGAGUUGAGGAGAGAUUCACCACUAAGGCUGGCCAAGAAUCCUUGGUCCAGAACUACGCACAAUUGACCUCUUCUCCUCAAGAGUUCACCGACAAGUUCUUCGAGUCUUUCCCUGCCGCUAAGGAGCAAUUGAUCUCCGAAGAGGACUGUGACUUUUUCUUGCUCUGCUGCGCCAGACCUUUCCAAAAGCCAGCUCCUUUCGUUCCUGUUUUGGAUGAGAGAUUUGAAUUCUUCUUCAAGAAGGACUCUUUGUGGCAAUCCGAGAACUUGGAGACCGUUGUUGACGAGGAUGUUCAAAGAACUUGUAUUCUUCAUGGUCCUGUUGCUGCCCAAUUUACCAACAAGGUGAAUGAGCCAAUCAAGGAGAUCAUGGACAACAUCCACGAGGGCCACAUCGCCAAGUUGAUCAAGGACGAGUACAACGGUGACGCCUCCAAGAUUCCUGUUGUUGAGUACUUCGGUGGUAAGUCCCCUGUUGCCUUGAAAAAGGUUUCAGGUGUUGUUGUCGAAGAGUCUGGUUCCACCGUCACUUACAAGAUUGGCUCCAUUGUUCCAGACAAGCAGGAAUGGCUCGAUUUGUUGGCUGGACCUAAGUUGAACUGGUUGCAGGCUUUGAUCUCCACCGACAGAAUUGUUCAGGACAAGAACUUCACCAGCAACUCUGUUCAUGACGUGUUGAGCCCUGCUGCCAACAUCACUGUGACUGUCGAAAACUACGAUGAUGCUAAGAAGACCAAGCUUUCCGUUUACGAAGCUGUUCAAGGCGACAUGAAGCAAGUUGUUGAGAUUAAAUUGAACAAGGACUCGCUUAUUGAAUUGUCUUUGAUUGAACACAGAACCGCUGACGGAAAGGCUGUUGCCUUGCCUUUCUUGUACACUUACAAGCCAGAAGAUGGUUUUGCUCCUAUUGUCGAAGUCAUGGAGGGCAGAAACAACAGAAUCAAGGAGUUCUACUGGAAGUUGUGGUUCGGCCACUCUGUUCCUGUGGACUUUGACAUCAAUGUCAACGAAGUGAUUCCAGGUGAUGAAGUUACUGUCACCGGUAAGGACAUUUCCGAGUUCACCCACGCCAUUGGUAACACUUGUGAAGCCUUUGUCCCAAGACCAGGCAAGCAGACUUUGGCUCCUAUGGACUUUGCCAUUGUUGUUGGUUGGAAGGCCAUCAUGAUGGCCAUUUUCCCAAAGACUGUUGAUGGAGACUUGUUGAAGUUGGUGCACUUGUCCAACGGAUACAGAAUGGUCCCAGGUGCUGCUCCUUUGAAGAAGGACGAUGUUGUCACCACCAACGCUGUCAUUAACGCUGUCUUGAACCAGCCUUCUGGUAAGAUGGUCGAGGUUGUUGGCACCAUUUACAGAGACUCCAAGCCAGUGAUGGAAGUCACCUCGCAAUUCUUGUACAGAGGUGAGUACGUUGACUUCGAGAACACCUUCCAAAAGGUGAGCGAAGACCCAGUCCAGGUUGCCUUGAAGUCUGCCAAGGAUGUUGCCAUCUUGAGAUCCAAGGAAUGGUUCCACUUGGAAGAGAACAUUGACUUGUUGGGCAAGGUUUUGACCUUCAGAUGUAACUCUACCUACUACUUCAAGUCUGCUCAAGUGUACUCAGAGAUUAACACCACUGGUGACGUUUACUUGGAAUUACCUACCAAGGAAGUUAUCAGAGUUGGUGUUGUUGAGUACGAGGCUGAUGUGUCGUAUGGUAACCCAGUCACCGAUUACUUGGCUAGACACGGUAACACCAUUGAGCAAGCCGUUAAGUUCGAGAACGCCAUCCCAAUUUCUUCUGGUGAAGAAUUGACCUCCAAGGCUCCUUCUACCAACGAGCCUUACGCCAAGGUUUCGGGUGACUACAACCCUAUCCACGUUUCCAGAGUUUUCGCUGCUUACGCUAGAUUGCCUGGUACCAUCACCCAUGGUAUGUACUCUUCUGGUUCUAUCAGAGCCUUGGUUGAAGAGUGGGCCGCCAACAGUAUCGCUCUGAGAGUGAGAGCUUUCAAGGCCAACUUUGUUGGCAUGGUUUUGCCAAACGACCAAUUGCAAACCACUUUGGAGCACAUUGGUAUGAUCAACGGUCGUAAGAUCAUCAAGGUCGAGACCAAGAACAUCGAAACCGAUGCUCCUGUUUUGGUUGGUGAAGCCGAAAUUGAACAACCAGUGACCACCUAUGUCUUCACUGGUCAAGGUUCUCAAGAGCAAGGCAUGGGUAUGGACUUGUACAACUCUUCUGAAGUUGCCAGAGAAGUUUGGGACAAGGCCGACCGUCACUUUGUCAACAACUACGGUUUCUCCAUUCUUGACAUUGUCAAGAACAACCCUAACGAGUUGACCAUCCACUUUGGCGGUGCCAAGGGUAGAAAGAUCAGAGAGAACUAUAUCUCUAUGAUGUUCGAGACCAUUGGCGAAGACGGUGAAAUCAAGUCUGAGAAGAUCUUCAAGGACAUUGACCACACCACCACCUCGUACACUUUCAUGUCUCCAACAGGUUUGUUGUCUGCUACUCAGUUCACUCAACCAGCCUUGACCUUGAUGGAGAAGGCUUCUUACGAAGACAUCAAAUCUAAGGGCUUGGUUCCUUCUGAUGUUAUGUUCGCUGGUCACUCUUUGGGUGAAUACUCCGCAUUGUCUUCUUUGGCUAAUGUUAUGCCAAUUGAAUCUUUGGUGGAUGUUGUUUUCUACAGAGGUAUGACCAUGCAAGUUGCUGUGCCAAGAGACGAAUUGGGCAGAUCAAACUACGGUAUGUGUGCCGUUAACCCAACCAGAGUCAACCCAACUUUCAACGACGCUGCGUUGAGAUUUGUUGUUGAUGAGGUUUCCGCCAAGACUGGUUGGUUGUUGGAGAUUGUCAACUACAACGUUGAGAACACUCAAUACGUUACUGCUGGUGACUUGAGAGCAUUGGACACUUUGACCAACGUCUUGAACGUCAUCAAGAUGAACAAGAUUGAUAUUGUCAAGUUGCAGCAACAAUUGUCCUUGGACGAGGUCAGAGACCACUUGAAGGAAAUCAUUUCCGAGGUUUCUGCGCAAUCCUUGGCCAAGCCACAACCAAUCGACUUACAGAGAGGUUUCGCUGUUAUUCCAUUGAAGGGAAUUUCCGUGCCAUUCCACUCGUCGUACUUGAUGUCUGGUGUUAAGCCAUUCCAAAGAUUUUUGUGCAAGAAGAUUCCAAAGUCUUCUGUCAAGCCUCAGGAUUUGAUUGGCAAGUAUAUUCCUAACUUGACCGCCAAGCCAUUCCAAAUUACAAAGGAAUAUUUCCAAGAGGUUUACGAGUUAACCAAGUCUGACAAGAUCAAGUCUAUCAUCGACAACUGGGAAUCGUUCGAGAAGGCUUAA